UUAGCCAUACUGAAUCUGUUUCAUGCAGCUGCCUUGGGUGAAUUGUUAUAGUCCAGCUGUGGUCAGAUAGAAAAGACACACACACACAUGUACUUGCUCAGAAGUAAGGCACAUUUAACCCCUGGAAAUCAUUUAACUAAUAUACGUUUCUAUCACCAGCAUCUUGGAAGAUAUCGUUAUUUAUGUGCUUUUGCUUAAACUGCUCUGGACCUUCCAAUUUUGAACUGGCCCAUCCAACUCUAAGGAGGCAAAUGCUGACUACUCAACAAAUUCAUUAGGCUUCGUUGACUUUGACUGCUUCUGGCUGGCAGUCAUGGACAAAACAUAUAAUUGGCUAUUCCUCAUUUUGCUGCAUGCUGUAAUUGAAAAUAGCGAGGGGUGCUACUGCGACCAUUAUCCAUGGACUCCCUGGUCUGGCUGUUCAAGGACCUGCAAUUAUGGAACUCAAAAUAGGCAUAGGCAAAUCAGGAUGGAUGAGUAUUACCAAAAAAACUUCUGUGCACAACUUUGCACUACGCAGGAAUCCAGACCCUGUAACCAGCAGAAAUGCCCAAUCAACUGCCGGCUUGGAGACUUUGGUCCCUGGUCAGAAUGUGAUCCAUGUGUUAAAAAACAAUUUCAUACCAGAUCCAUUAACCAAGUAGCUCAGUUUAAAGGACAACCGUGCGAUGAACCUUUGGUGGAGUCACGUCCGUGCUUUCCCACAAAACGUUGCAACAUGGAGGAAAUAAACUGUGGCAACAAAUUCCAUUGUGAAAAUGGUCAUUGCAUUAGCCAGAACCUGAAAUGCAACGGAGAAAAUGAUUGUGAGGACAAUUCAGACGAAAGGAACUGUCCGCGUGUGCGGCCCGUGUGUGCUAGAAGACAUGACAGCAUCCCUGGCGUGCACUUAAUGGGCCAUGGAUAUCAUAUUCUGGCAGGAAAGAAUCGAGGUGAAAUCCUCCGUAAUUCUUUCAAUGGAGGCAAGUGCAUACUUGUCAAGAGCAACGACAUGAGGAACACAUAUCGUGUUCCUGCAAACGUACAGUCUGUUUCCUUUCAGGUAGUGAAUAAAGAGGAUGAGGUGGGUUCGGACUUUUACAGUGACUUAACCCCCCUUGAAACCAGUUCUUCUAGUGAGAGCUCUUCCUUUAGCUCUGGCAAAGGGCGUUCUGGGAUCCCACUCCUGUUCUCCAAGAAGACAAAUGUGCAGGUGACAUCUUCUUCCUCCUUCAAGGAAGCGAUCCAAGCAUCAUAUAAAAAGAACUCCAACUUUAUUAGGAUCCAUAAGGUAAUUGCGGUCUCAAAUUUCACAAUGAAGGAGUCAGACUUGCAGCUGUCUGGGGUGUUCUUACAGGCGCUUAACAGCUUGCCCCUGGAGUACAACUAUCCCCUCUACAGCCAGAUAUUUGAUGACUUUGGGACACAUUACUACGCAUCUGGGUCACUGGGAGGCACAUAUGACCUCCUCUAUCAGUACAGCGCUGAAGAGCUGAGAAAUUCAGGUUUAACCCAGGAAGAAUCAAAAGAGUGCGUCCGGACAGAAACAACCAGGCGUGUCUUCUUUAGGAAAAAGAAGAAAGUGGAAACGAGAUGCACCACCAACAAAAUGGUUGUUCAUCAUGAAGGUUCAUUUCUGCAGUCCUCUGAAAAGUCCAUAUCCUUCAUCAAAGGCGGAAGAUCUCAGUACGCCGCAGCUCUUGCCUGGGAGAGAAAAGGGGCCUUUCCUGAGCACACUGUGUUUACCAAUUGGCUGGAAUCAACGAAGGACAAUCCAGCUGUGGUUGACUUUGAGCUGACUUCCAUUCUGGAGCUGGUGAAGAACUUUCCCUGUGCAGCAACUAAGCGUAGUAAUCUCAGAAGAGCUCUGGCUGAGUACGCAGCACAGUUUGACCCAUGCCAGUGUGCUCCGUGCCCCAACAACGGCAAGCCGGUGUUGUCUGGAACAGAAUGCUUGUGUGUGUGCCAGGCUGGGACCUAUGGCGAUAACUGUGAAAUACGAGCACCAGAUUACCAUUCAGUUGCGGUGGAUGGUUAUUGGAAUUGCUGGGGUUCAUGGAGUCCCUGUGAUAGUUCCCAUAAGAGGCGGAGGAGCCGCACCUGUAACAACCCCUCCCCUCUGAAUGGAGGGAAGCCAUGUGAAGGCGACCGAGAGCAAGAGGAAGGAUGCUACUUCUCCAUAUUUGUUGACAGGGGAGCUGUAUGUGUAAACGAUGAUGAAAUGACAAGGGAGGGGGACAUUGCAGUUGAGAUGCCUGAAUCAGGAUGCCUCAAACCAGAUCCACCAGAACAUGGAUUUAUCAGGAAUGAGAAGAACCAUUAUGACGUUGGAGAAAAUGCUGAAGUUGUGUGCUUCAACAGAUACGUUAUUACGGGAUAUCCAUUCUUUCGCUGCCAGCCAGAUCAGACUUGGUUGCAACAUCCUGUUGAAUGCCAGUUAUCUGCAUGUCGCAGACCAGCAGCCUCAGAUAUUGUCUCCAUUUCCCCCUUUAAAAGUGAAUAUAAAAUUGGGGAAACGAUCCACCUAAGUUGUGCACCAACCUUCAGGUUAACUGGUCAUGCAGAGUACACUUGUGCAAGUGGCCCGUCCUGGCGUCCUGCUGUAGUGAGACUGCUUACCUGUGAGAAAGAUCACCUUCUUUCUCAAGGCAACUGCAAACCAGGGCAGAAGCUAGCUGGAUCCCAAUGUGUGUGUAUGAACCCCAGAGAGGACUGCAGACACUACUCUGAAGAUGUCUGUGUGCUGCAUGCCACUUCUGAACAAGCAGUUACAAAGUCCAGCUGCCCAUAUUUGGCUGAAAAGUGCCUGGAUCAGCAUUCGUUCCAUUUCCUGCAUCCCGGCCCCUGCCUGGGUGAGACUGAUGUGAGUUGGGCGAAAGAAAGGCUCAGAAUUGCUACGGACAGCAUAAAGAGAGAACCUUGUGGCUAUGACACGUGUUACGACUGGGAGCAGUGCUCAGAGCUGCAUGCUAAAUGUGUCUGCUUGCUGCCUAACCAGUGCCCACAUGGCGGGGAGCCCAUUUCCUGUGUGCAAAUUAGGACAAAAAAGAUAACAGCAAAUCUCUGUAUGCUGGGAGCAUUGAAGUGUUCCAGUAUGAACAUCGUAAUUUUACAUGAAGGGCGCUGUUCAAACUAAAAGAUGUCAUGGAC